AUGUCGGACUUUGAAGUGCCACAGUUGUGGCUUGACGAGGCGUUGUUCGUCCACAACCCUCCCAACGAGUUGAACAAACCCCAGCAAGAUGAGACUUCUGCAAUGGCGCCCGGAUCCCCAAGUCACCACCAUCCUCUCCCACCAUCUCCGACAUCCGUUACGAUGGAUCUUGUGGAAGAGUGCGAAGUUGAAGAGGGUGAAGUUGAAGAGGGCGAAGUUGAAGAUGUGUCUGACUUUCAAGACCUAUACAACGAAGUGUGCCAAAAAUGGUUCGGCAAGAACGUUUCGAUGGAGUGGAUCCAAGAGCAGGCAAUACAGGCGGUCAGGGCAGCCAGAAGAGAGGCAGACUCUACCGGUGACGAGACCGAAUCCGAGGUCACAGAGUCCGAGGCCACAGACACCAGUAGCUCCAGUGACAGCAUCAGCAGUGACGAAGAGGAACCUGGUGCUGUGAAGCACACUUGUCAGACCUAUGCGGAGUGGCGGGCCUACCUCAAGGAGCUGCAACUUCAAAUGGACCGAGACAAGAGCGGUGAGACAUUGCGUCGCUUCCAGUAUACGAGACCACCGACUUUUGGGGAGGUGAUCGCUGCGGAGCGCACCAAAGCUGUCGAGAAAACGGAGCGUGAGGCGAGGAAUGCUGAUAGGCGCGAAAGACGCGAGAGACGUGAGAGGGGUGAAAGUUAUGAGAAGGGUCAACAGCACCAAGGCCGGCGGAAACCAUAUUGA